ACCGCGAUGAAGUUACACGUUUUUCCGGCAAAGCCGCGUUUUUCCACCAGCAGCAUUCGUCGCCGUCGAGUAAAACAACGUCGUUCGCCGCCGUUGCGUUUUACUUCUGCCGUCGUUCGGAGAGGCCGCGUUAUUCGACGGAACACCGCAGCUUCCAGCAUCCACCAGCUUCAGAACCAAUCGAUACGGAAUUCGAUUUUGUCGGCUCGUCGUCAAUCGUAAAGCGUCGCGGCGUGGAGGAUUUCGUCGGAGUUUGACGUCGUCGUCGUCGGUGUUGUCCUCGUGCGGGUCGGUUGGAUGUUAUCGUCGUCGUCAACGCCGGAAUGUCCCCGAAAUACCGUUGGGAUGCACCUUGCUAGACUUUAUCGGUAAAGAAGAAAGUUUCCAGCAACGCAACACAUAUCGGCAACUCUAAAACCUGUCAUAUCGGGAAAAGUUUUCCACCGCUUACCCCUCGGGAAAAUUGAAGAAAUUUCGCAUAUCAAAGAGUAUAUCAUCUAUCGGUGGGUGGAUGCUGCCAAUGCGGCAGAGCAGACCUGAGGCACUUUUGUGAAGAGCAAGUUUUCCGUACUUCGUAUUGAGUGGAAGAGUUGAGUUGGGUGGACUCUUCGGGGACCUGUCUGGACUGUUUCCCCGCGCUCUCCUCCAACUCAUUUACGCCCGGCUUCCGGCUUAAAAAAGUGUAUCAAUGGCAAAUUGAACCGUAUUCAAGCCCUUGGAAUGCGUGUGCCGCUGUUUACCAACCGAAGUGAAGUGUUGUUUCCCCGGGUAGCUAUUUCCAGUUGAGGAAAUACGAAACCAAAUUAGAACCGCUUAGUUCUUACGGUCGGUUGUCACGCGCGGAAGUGUUUUGAUUUCACAGUGUCGUGUCCUGCUGUCGUUGUGCGCUGUUCUGGGGUUGCUUCUGGGAACUCACGGUGUGGUAGACUGAUAGGCGACCCGGCAUACCCCCCAACCACUUCUUCAAAACUAUCCAGGUCAAGAGUGCAGUCAGCAUAUUGCGGCAGGCGACAGCAGCUGCUGGGAAUUACCAUCGCAUCUCCAGACCCACAUUUCAUGACAUAACAAGUGCAACAACAACGACAAACAGACUGUUGGCUCUUCCCGGACUCGGCGUGUGUGGAUAUCCAGAGAGUCUAACGGAACGAAUAUUGAAUUACUCUGGGACGCGGCUCGGAAACAAGUGCUCACACGUGACCUGAAUCAAUCGCGCGAUCUACCGUAGUGUUUGGGUAAACAAAUCCAAAACAAGGGCAGGGAGAAAGUCUCCCCCACCCGGAGUGAAGUGGUUUCGGUUGUACAAGUAGAGGAUUACACAUACACGCCCCCCUCACUCCUUAUGACCAAGUUGAUUCUGGUUGGGACCGGAUCGGGAAAUUUUAUUGCGGGAAGAAAUGUGAAGUGGCAGCGAUAAAUCAUUUUGGUUCAGAUGGCCGGAAUGAGGACUGGAGCAAGGCAGUAGAACGAAUGCUGGUUACUGCGAAACAGCUGAUUCUGGUGAAUUAUGUAAGAAACUCACGUCUGAUCCGACAGAACACCCAUCAAACUGGCAACUGACCCGGAGGAAAAUCGUCAUCGUCACUUCCGUCGUGAGCGGUUUCUUCCCUUUUGAAGCCGAAAACCGCCAAAUGAGCCAGUGAAGCAUGUGCCGGGGAAAAAUAACAGCAGACGAAACGUGAAACGUGACCAAAAUUUGAUACCGAAACUGGUAACUGGUCAAAGGAAAGCAAAAAGCGCUUACACUGUCGAAGCUGGUCGAAGAUUCGGAAGAUAAUUAGCAUAAUUGAAUAAGUGUCGCCCCCCUCGAGUUGAUUGGUGAGGACUCGAAAGCAAUCUCAGCUGCUGGGACUCAGUGGUGAUUGGCAGUAUUGUGUGUUAUUGAUUUCGACGGAAGACGAAAUCGGACAUGGAUUUGGAACGGGAAAUGUAAGGGCAAGGCGAAAAUCAAUACGUUCUGUGAUAUCGUUGAAGGGGCGAGGUGAAAUUUUAUGAGUUUAUCGAAGAAAACGUCGGGAAAAGUUUUAAUUGCGGAAGUUGGAGCUCGUGCGAGAGUCAAUUAAGUGGAAGUUGAUCGGAUGAAACAUUUUAAGAGGGCAUGAAAUUCAAAAUUGUUAGAUUUUAAAAGUUUUACCAGAGUUUAUUUUCGGUCAGGUAUUGUGGGGUUUUGAACUGACAGAGUAGAAUAUUUAUAGUUAAACCUCCUGAGUUUUCAACCUGCGUUACUAAUUGUUGGAGAUUUAUCACUGAAAUUACCUACCGAAAGCAGAGAGCUAAAGCUAAUUAAAUAAUUAAGCGAUUAACAUUAAGAGCCACCUUGUACAACCACGUAAGGUGCCCGAAAACAUUCAACCCUAAUUGGGUUCCCUCCCGAGUCCGGUGCUGCUAAGUUUAUGUAUGUGUGCACCCCAAACGUAACCCGGGGGAAAAAGAAAAGUGUGUGUCCAUUAAUCAGAUAAACUCCCUCUCGCUAUGCGCCUGGAUUUAGGCAACCAAAAGAAAUCGGUGGAAAGUGCAAACGACCCGAAGAAAAAGUGUUAUUGCUCCGAGGCACGGAAAGCUUAAUCGGUUCGACGACGACUACCACCGCCCUUCGUAAGUGAAAAUCCCCGCUCGGCCACGGAAGUGAGUUUGAAAGUGAUUGAACAUUCCAGCCGCGCAAAGUAAUUGGAGCAAAAAGUUGGUGAAAAAUUGCGCGCCUACCCGAUAGGCAACCAGCUGUGCAUCGAGCGCCCUUGUAUGUGCUCCGUACCCGCGUCGCUUGAUUCAAUCUCAUCAAUUUUCCGUCUCGAAAGUAAAAUAAAUAGCCGGAACCCGAUUCCCCCCUUGAAAAUAAAAAAAAAACACACUCUCGUCAAAAUGCACCACAUUGAACAAACAAAAUUGAUGCCUGUUUGCUCUAUCAAUCGAUGAAUAAUUGCGGAAUAAAUUUCGCGAAACGCCGUUCAUAUGAUCGAAAAGUUGAAAAAUCGCCGGUGCAAAUGUCAGAUUAAUCAAUUAAAGUGCAAUAUUUAUUUCCGCUCCCUCGCGCUCGGUAAUUAAACCCCGUUUGCAUUGCCACCAGAAGGAAGGCGAUUAAUUGUGAAUCGUUGGAAUUACAAAUAAAAAAAAAGUGAGUGAAACUCACCGAGCCGAGGUUCGAAUUCAACAUGGCGAUGGUAGUGUCCGGUCGGGCAAAGGCUGUCAUAGCGGCCUUUGUGUGCUUCUUUCUGCUCGGGAUCGUCCUGGUGACGGGAUCGACCCGAGGCUGGUUUGUCCCGGUGCGGUACCAUAACGAGCGGGUUGCUGCCAGGAUACAGUCAAGCGGAGACGAUGACGAUUCGUUCGAUCUACCGAUGAUUUCACCACCCCCACCAGAGUACGGCUACCGGUCCAAGGGUGAAAAGGGCGAGCGAGGACCCAAGGGACCACCGGGCGACGCCAUACGAGGGCCUCCUGGGCCACCGGGUCCCCAUGGUCCACCAGGGCCACCGGGGCCACCCGGAGCAGCAGGGCCCCGAGGUCCCGGUUUACUCGACGAAGGAUCCGGCGAUGAUGCGAAGAGAUUAUCCCAGCUCUUCGACAUACAGAACAACAACCUGCUGAACAAGUGCUACUGCAACGUGACGGAAGUCAUAGAGGACCUCAAACGGGACAUCACCCUGCGCGAGUACCUUCGUGGUCCCGAGGGGCCACAAGGCCGCGAGGGCAAAACCGGCUCGCCAGGAUUGACCGGAGCAACGGGACCCCCCGGUGAAAGGGGUGUUGCCGGUCUGAAGGGCGACAAAGGAGACCGCGGAGAGCCCGGAUUACCCGGGGUGGAGGGUAUCCAGGGUAGCAAAGGCGAACCCGGUUUGGAUGGCAUUCCGGGUCCAGCUGGGCUACCUGGAUCUCCAGGACCGCCGGGUAUUCCCGAGAAUUUCGAUAUGAGUUGGAAUCCAUCGCGGAUGUUCAAGGAAUCGAUGCUGGGAGCACCUGGCAUCCAAGGGCUGCGAAGUGCAUCUCCCGGCUCCAAGGGCGAACCGGGUGACAAGGGCGACGUCGGCCUACCGGGCCCCAAGGGCGAACACGGCAGCAAAGGGGAACGGGGCGAUCCGGGCCUCAUCGGUGCCAAGGGAGAAAGGGGUCACACAUCGAUUGGAGCACCGGGACCGAAGGGAUCCGUUGGUCCACCGGGAGUGCCGGGAAUUCCUGGCCAGACCGGUUCAACCGGAACGAAAGGAGACAAAGGCAACAGCGGAGAUGUGGGCCCAGCAGGGCCACCUGGACCACCCGGAAUGGUUGUGUACGCGGACGUUAAAAACUCCACCGGGACGACGGAUUGUCACUGUCAACCGGGGCCACCGGGUCCAGCCGGGCCACGGGGGCCAUCCGGGUUCGACGGAGCGCCAGGGUUGCCAGGAGAAACCGGUCUUCCAGGUCACCCAGGUCUACCGGGCGACAAAGGCGAGCGAGGCAGUCCCGGUCCCAAAGGGGAAAAAGGACCCGAAUUCAUCAUCAACGAAAAUGCCGCAUUCAACUCAUCCCGGUCGAACAAGGGUGAAAAGGGCGAACGGGGGCCCCGUGGAAGGCGUGGCAAACCCGGUCCCAUCGGGCCACCAGGAAGGCCGGCCGGUCCAAGUGACAUGGGCACCAACUCGUGGUCGGGACGACCGGGACCGAAAGGAGAUCAAGGACCAAAAGGGGACGUCGGGCCCCGCGGCGAGAAAGGCGAUCGCGGCAGAGACGGAAUGGAUGGCCGACCCGGUCCACCGGGACUUCCAGCAGCAUCGGGUGACAACAUUCAGUACAUUCCAAUGCCCGGCCCUCCAGGACCACCAGGGCCACCGGGUUCCCCCGGCAUACCAGGAGUUUCGAUAGCCGGACCAAAAGGCGAACCUGGAAUGGAUUCACGCAGCCCCUAUUACGGAGAUCCGAACUAUGGCGGAAGACAAGGAAGCCGCUCAAGCUUUGACGAACUAAAGCAGCUUAGGGAACUGAAGCACCACAGGGAACUAGAAGAUAGUACGGCCGGACCCCCAGGACCUCCGGGACCACCUGGCGCACCGGGGCGAGGCUACCACCACGACAGCAGCGACGAAAUCCCCAGCAGCUACGGUUCCAAUGUGCGUAUCGUACCGGGAGCCGUCACCUUCCAGAGCACCGAAGCCAUGUCAAAGAUGUCUUCUACGAGCCCCGUCGGAACGCUUGCCUACAUAAUUGACGAGGAAGCCCUGCUGGUGCGGGUGAACAAGGGCUGGCAGUAUAUCGCACUCGGCACUCUGGUCCCGAUAGCGACGCCAGCGCCCCCAACGACCACCGUGAUUCCACCGCCCCACCGGCCUGACCUGCAGGCCUCCAAUCUGAUCAACAACAUCCCCCAACCAAUCGAAGGACCCUCCUUCACAGCGUCCCCGGAAUACGAAUCGCAGUGGUAUCCCCGAAUGCUGCGGAUGGGAGCACUUAACGAACCGUACUCGGGCGACAUCCAGGGCAUCCGUGGAGCAGAUUAUGCCUGUUACCGGCAGGCGCGACGGGCCGGGCUCCUGGGAACGUUCCGGGCGUUCCUGUCGUCGAGAAUAACGAAUCUGGACACCAUCGUGCGGAUAGCGGACCGAGAGCUUCCAGUAGUGAACACCCGAGGCGAUGUGCUAUUCAACUCGUGGAAUAGCAUUUUCAACGGCCAGGGUGGCUACUUCCCGCAGACCCCGCGGAUAUACAGCUUUAGCGGGAAGAAUGUCCUCACCGACAUCAGCUGGCCCCAGAAGCUGGUGUGGCACGGUGCCAGUGCCCUCGGUGAACGUGCGAUGGACACGUAUUGCGACGCGUGGCAUACGGCCUCGCCGGACAAGGUCGGCAUGGCCAGCAGCUUGCUCGGCAAUAAAUUACUCGAUCAGGACCGGUACUCCUGCGAUAAUCGGUUCAUCGUGCUCUGCGUUGAGGCGUUACCCCAUGACCAGCGACGGAAACGGGACACUUAUAGUCACACGUACGAGUUUACCAAUGAGCACGAUUACAGCCGCCAUCUUGCCGAAGUAAUGAAGCAAGCGUAAGCAGACACGACGCGAUAUCGGCAACCAUAAGUCAAACCGAGAGUUACCCAUCCUACAGAGCCACAAACAUUCGAGUCACACAACAAUAUCACACGAACAAUAAAACAAAAAAAAAAACAAUAGUGUAUAGAGCCCCCCACUAGAGAUUCAUCACAAGGACGAUAAAGAAGACGUUAAGACAAAAUGCAACCCAAGGCUGCCAAAGUAAAGUGAACGAGUGAUACUACUGGUGGUGGACCCUCCGCCACAAUCGACGAACCCGCAUCGAAAGAUGAGAAUUAAAAAUGAAAACAAUAUUAAACAGAUCGAUCAUGGCCUACUGCAGUUCCAUGAGUCAGGCGAAUGUCAUUGUACGCGCGAAGAGUGGAUUGGAAGUGUUCAGUAGGGGAGAGGUUUUUUUCUACAGGUAUUUUUCAUGAACCGCGGAAAUAAAGGCCGAGCAAACAAUGCCAACAAUAUUGAAUAUAAAAUAAUUAAAGCAAAAAUGGACGAUAAAAUUGUACACAAUAAUGAUGAUAAGAAAUGUAGUCAAAUUAUGGUUAUUAUUAAUGUUUCGCUCCUCGCUUGUAAGCCAGAAAAAUAGGAAGUUUUCCAAACGGAAAGUUCAAAAGUGCCAUAGCGCGUUUCGCCCAAAAGUAUUCCACAAAACCCAUGAAACAGAGUGUUUGGUACUUUUGAACUUCCCAACAGUCAUUGAUUGUAAAAAUGAAUUCUUCUGCUGCAUUUAAUAUAGUAAAACUUGUUUAUUUUCCCGUGCUACCAUAUGAAUGCGAAAUGCGUGAAUGUUUGAACGAUAUAAUCGAGAAUUUUACAACCAAAAGAAAUGAGAAAACUUUAUUUAUUCUUCCGUCUCUUCCAUGAACGAAACUAAACAAGUGAAAAUCUACACGUGUGUAAACAAUGAAAAAGUCUCUAGAUUUAAGCCGAACAUUGUAUGUAGAGAAUGAAAGAUUUUGUUGAACGUUUUGAGCAAAACAUAAAUAAAACAAGCGUUGUGAGACGGAAUACAAAACAUCCGUACAGUGAACCAUUUUAGUCAUUUCCAUUUGAGAAUCGAGAUACUUCGCUUUAGAAACACAAAUCAGCAAAGUUUUCCACAAUUUGAUGUCAAUUUAUUUUUCGUUAGUAUCUAGAACAACGGAGAACAAAACUACUUUGGUGUGAAGAAGAGAAAGAAAUCAAACAAAGAGAAAACACUUUAGCUAAUCUAAUUCGUUUGCAUUAUAUGAUCAAAAAUGUUGCAAAAAGAUAACAAAUUUGAUAAGUACGAAUGGUUAGUUGUAUUGGAAAAUGAAUCUUUACGAAUCAAACUUUUAUCACUUGUCAUGAUUUGUAUCGCUGUUUUAUUUAACUACAAAAUUGAAAAAAGAAUACCAAGCCAGUUCAUUUUGGAAAAGCGAUUUAGAUAAAAUUUGGAUUUAGCAUUUCAAGAAUUAAACGGAGUAUAAUCCACAAAAUUGAGAUGAAAAAGAAUGCUCUUUAGUGUUAAUGGCGGAAGCGCUAAUUGUAACAAUAAGAAAGUUUUUUUUUUGUAAAUAAAUGAGUAAGAUCAACAUCUGGA